AUGAAGCCAGGUCUACUCGAUAUGGGCUAUGGCCGACCUUUGGAGUUUACUCUCUCAGUCGUCGUGAAGACCAAUCCUAGUCCGCUCGACUUUCAAUUCGCUGCCGAUACCCUGGUCUCACAAUGGCCUGUACUGAACUUGCGAAUGGACCCGUUGAAAACGAAAUUCUUGGAACCAAAAGACCCCGGGGACCUGGCCGAGGUAUGGGAAGGAAGAACUCUUAAACAAGAACUCAGCGACAUUCUCCAAUUUUCCCCCGACCCGGACUCACCGCAACUGAUUGACUCCGAAACGCUCGAUAAGGUAUUGGAUUUCGAGUAUGGAAUCUUGCAUGCAUGGAAGCAACGAGUCUUCUCCAUCCGAACGGUAGACUUGAUUGAUGCUUGCAUAAUAGGGUUCAAGUUUCUGCAGCCUCUUUGCGAUGCAAAUGGCGCCCAUAAAAUAGUGCAGGCUUAUUGCAGCCUGCUCAGGGGAGAGCGCAUUACCCACACCCUCCAUGGCCGGCCACCCCUGUCACUGAAAUCAGAAGUACUCGAAAAAUGCGCCGAGAAGGUUGAGUCUCAUCAGAUCGCAGACCUGCACAAACAUUCGAUGCAUCGCACUUGGGUAGCCGGAAUCGGGGCUCUCGGGAAACAAGUUGCACGGAGUAUAUGCUAUCCUUCUGCUAGACGGAUCGGCAAGACCUUGUUCAUCCCCCGAGGACGAAUCCAGAGUUGGCUAGAAGAAGCCGAAAGUAUAAAGGCCAAGGUCACUGAACAUGAUCUCUUGUUAGCUUUUAUUUACCAGGCCGCUUUACACCCGCCUACUGCCCACAGCUUUGGCCUAGCCAUUGAUAUCUCAAAACAACUCCAGUCCGAGGCAAACCUCUCCAACCCAUGGUACAUGAUGCCCCUGCCAGAUCCAAUUCCAACAAGCCAAUAUAGCUCUCCUUCAUUGGUUCGACUCGCAAUACACAUUCGGCGUGCGGUUCACGAGGGCCAGCAACCAGAAUGCAUUGGAGAGAUCGUCGAUCAGCACAAGAACCUCAAGAAAAGCCCCAUGGUGCCGAAAUCCUAUGGCGGCCGGGUGGCUCAACCGCGCAUUGCUUCUUGGAAAAACUUGCCGCUUUAUGAUCUCGAUAUCCAAGGCGAAAGUCCGCUCUUUGUACAAGGUAGUGUCGAUUACUGCGGGCUUCUGCGCGAGACUAAGACUCACUUGGAUGAUUUGUUGGUAACAUGGAAAGCGCACGGUCGGAAUGGGGAGAAUGGUGGUUAUUGGGUUCAUGGAAGACUGCCUGAGGCUGUUUGGAGGCGUAUGGCGGAUAAUUUAGGCUGCUGA